CCUUAUAUUGUAGAAUAGUAUCCUGAUAUUAUAUAUGACUGACUUAAAACAAUGUUUUGCAUUCACUGCUUUCAUAUUCUCAUUCAGUUUACAGUUUGAUGUAGCCCUAUCCAAUUAAACAAUACAUGAUUAGGUUUCAGGAAAUUUUAUUUGACUUUAUGUACUACUCAGUAAACAAAUUUGGACCAGAUUUGGCAUGCGUCUGGCACAGCUGGCAUCUAUCCGGAACUGGCAUACAGCAUGUGGGCCAAACAUGGCCCGGGUUUGGUAGAGAUGGCACUGGGUUAAAAACGGCACCCAAGACAUGGGCCAGAUGUCAAAUAUAGAUAUGUGGGCCACAUAAGUAUAGCCGAUCUUGACCCACAUUUAAAAUCCAUUUCAAAUAUUUUUGAUUCAAAUUUUAUAUUUUUGAUAAAACUGUAAUUGUUUGAUUUCAGUUCCUGCACAUUGCUAAAUAACUACUUAGACCACAUUUUUUUUAUGCCAUGUCCUGUACACCAGUGGACUUUUCAUAAUUUAAAAUUUUUCCACUGUAAUUUCUAUGAGAUAUAUGAUUAAAUCCUGCAUUCAAUAUUAUAUUGUAUUAUAAUAUUCAAAGUUACUCUAUGAUAAUUUCCGUUACCAGUUGGUUAAUUAAGAUGAUCACAAAUUGAAGAUAUAUGUGAUUGGAGAGAUUAAAUAUAUUUGAGAAAUGAUAGAAACGUGUUGCCAUUUAUGACAAAUAUUUCUAGAAACACAGCUUCCGCAUGAAUCAGUGGAUUAGUGUCAGUUAGCCCAAUUUGCGCCAAUCAGGAUUUCAAAAUCCCGGAAAUGCGAAGCUGACCUAUCAGAGCGAAAUUGGCCGAAAGGCGCAAUUAUCAAAUGCAGUGCUUCAUGGGAUUGUAGUUUUUUUACCCAGUUGGCUUUAACACACAUAGUCUCGUACUUUUGUAUUUUUUACAAAUGUUCAAAUAUUUUUUAUUUCGGAUCGAAUAUUGUACACGUUGUGAUUCAAGUUUUAGCUGGUUGUUAUGAUUCAUGGUUUAUAACGCUUUAAAGCAACAAAUCUCCAAAGAGGAAAAGUGAAUGAAAAUACUCCCGGAACCAGUAGGUCGAAAAAGUGGGCGGGCGCUUCAGUCUUGCACAGACUUCAGAAACGGUCAAGCACUGAACCGGGAUUUCGGGGAAAAAAACGGGAACCGCUGUGUCCAUUUUGUUUUACUGUCUUUGCGGGGAAAGCCAGCAGAGUUGGAGGAAGAACAAAAAGGAUUCUGUAAAGUCACAGUAUGGAUAAGAUGUUUCACAUUGUUGUCUUUGACAAGACAAAUGAGGUUGAAGUUGUGCCUUCAGUCUGGAUUAAAAAUGGAGAGUGCAUGUGGCCUCCAAAUAAGAUAGAUAUAACAAAAGCUGUGAAAUCACAGGAGAGUCCUGGAGAUGACUGGAAGCCCCAUAAGGCCAGAAUUAUUUUCACGUCACAUGACUACAAGGAAGCUAGACGCAAACUACCACUUGCUGUUGAUCACACAGACAUUGAUCAGACCGAUGGAGGAGACUCACCAAUUACAUUUCAAAGAAAAAGAAUACCCAAGAACAUUCUUUUCCCUGGAGAAGACGACGACGAUGAUAAUGCGAUGGAAGAGCACCUGAAAGAACCAAAAUCAAGAAAAGGAAGGUAUUCUAUACCUGAUGCUCCGAAAAUUGCUAGACAUGCCAACAAAUUAGACCCAGGAAAGCCAAACUGCCCUAAGAUCUUCCACAGUACUCUUGCCCUCCGCAAUGAUGAGAUGGAAGGAAUUAAAGCAACAAAGUCCAAAAAAAAGAGGUAUGCCUUACCUAAUGCUCCAGUGAUCUCUAGGGAACAGAUUUCUCCUGCAGUAGACAACCUCCACCUUAGUGGCCAAGGCAGAACUGACCUUCAUUCACGCGAUCAUAGCAGUCUUGAUGUUAGCCUACAUGGCCAAAGCAGUCCUCACCUUCGUCCACAUGGCCAAAAGAGUCCCAAUCUUCUCCCAAGUUGCUACAGUCCUGACUUGUAUGCAGAUUGCCACAGCACUCCUGAGAUCCACUCAAGUCAGCAGACCAGCAUUGCUAUGUUAUCAUCGGGCUUGAAUUUUCUCUCCGAGAGUUGUACAUUAAGUAAAUCAAGCACUGAGACCCUUUUAAGCCAAGCCAACGUUGAGGUCAGAAGACCAGCCCAUAAAAGUAAAGAGAUCCAUAAAAAAAAGCACUCCGAACCUUCAACGCUCCCUCAGCCACACCAGACCAUGGACAUCGAGCAAACAUCCAGUCACCAAAUUUUUCUUCUUCGUAAUAUAUUAACAAAACAGGAGAUGCUUAUGGACCAAAUGCGAAUUAUCAUGAAGACCCUCCAGUGUAUGCAAUCAAGUCAGGAGACAGAGAUAGGCCUAGAUCGAAAUUUGUUGCCUCUCAAAGAUCUCACUUCUCUACAGAGCAUGGAGGGCAAUCUGCGGAGUACUCCUGACCUCCAUAAGCAAUUGGUAAACACUCUGGCUCUUAAAGGUGGGGCGGACGUGCAGGAGUCUGUUUGGAGAAUCAUGCAUGGUCUGUUUACCAACUCCUUGGCGAGGAAAGUUAACAUGAGAGGAUUGAAUGGAAAGAUUAGCUUCCUACGCCUACAGAUACGAGAUGUUGUGAUUGCGGCUGUGAGACGUAACCGUCUAACAUCCGAUGCCACAGAGAAAGACAUUGAUUCCACCGUUAAAAGAUGGCUGUAUCUGGCCCCAGACAGAGAUGGUGGACGGAAAGAAAGGAUGAAGAGCAAAGUGCUUAAGGACAAUAUGACUGGUUAACAGGAUUCAGGCUUGGAUGUUCAAAAGCUCUGUCGAGAGUUCAAAUUGUUCAGUGACAGAAUGACUGUUUCAGAGUCAUUUGAAGAGUACUACUUGUUCCUAGCCAUAAACGUGGACAUAAAAAGUGUUUUGUGAAGUGAAACUUGUUGAUGAAACAUGUUCUAGUGUUAUAUGUUUAGUGAAUCUUAUUCGUGACCAGAAACAUGGAUGUUCAAGCAUUAAGCAAAGCAAUGAAACUUGAUGAUCAAGUACCACUUAAAGUGAAACAUCAUAAACCAAAAAAACAGCACUUGUUUUAUUUUUGUUUUUAUUUAUUUUUAGCUGAACUGACAGAGGAGUGUCAUUUUAGAGAGGAGUUUGUACAACGGAAAAAUGUCAUGAUGAAAAAACAGAUGCCAAUGCUUUGAUGUUUAACACAAUUAAAUAUUUGUUCAGAA